GCAAUUCAUGUGAUGAGUUUCUAUUCUCAUACAGUCCUCCUGUCGAAGAUGAGAAUAGGACAGAGGUGUCGAAUCUAACUCUUAGGGAUGGUCUUCACGUCGACAUCUCUCCAAAGGCUGAAUCUCAAGACUCGAUAUUGUAAUGAUUAAAUUUGUCACAGUUUUACAGCAGCCAUAUACUACAUGAGCAUUUGGGCAUAGGCUACGAGGAGCGCUGACUUAAAUGACCACUUUCUCUGCUCUGUCUGCUCAGCCGCGGUUUACUCUAUUCAGCGGUGAGAUUUUCGUAGGUGUCUUUCUUCUGUCUCAAUCUCAACGCUUUCGAUUGAACCACCAAUGCCGAUCAUUUUUUAGCCUGCUGGUUUCCAUUUGCGCUGCGAGCGCGAGGAAAUACGCUACACAGGUAGGUUAUAACGAACAAACCGCCCAGUACAGGAAUUAUAGGGCCACUACCAGAGUGUCAGGAAUACGGGCUACAUUCACCGAUGGACUAACCGAACCAACUGCAGCCACAAGCCUACCAGCGGAGCCAAAACGGGGAGGGGAGAAAGAACAGUUUCAAAUCCCUGACGGUUCUUUCUCAAAGGACCCUCGGGAAAUCUGACCACUUCUAAUUGUGGAAAACUGCUUUGUGACCGUUACACAUGCUUUUGUUAUGCACGGUAUGGGUGUAAGGACGCUAUUUUAAAGAUACCCAGCAGAUACCAGGCAGUCACAAUACAACCGAUCAAACUCUGUCCAACCGGGCGCUGGUGGUAUAUGGCUGCAUGCCUUAUCAGAACAUAUAUUUUUGUCGUUUCGUUGGACGUAUUUUGAGAUUAUUUUAAGGGGCUUUGGAUAUUUUGUUUUUGCGUUGCAUGUGAAUUGAAAGGAGCCUGGAAUUGGCCUCUAUAUGACUUUUCUAUCCUAUAUGAAUGAGUUGGAGAGCGGAACGAGAGGAGAGCGACACAAAUAAACAACGUGGACUUAACACUAUUCAUUUUGAGAUAAUUUCGUUGUGAUUUUGGUAGACAUUAUUAACUCAUAUUUUAGUCUAUGCCUUAAAUCCAUUUUAUAGUUCGUAUUAAAUAGUUAUUCAUGUAACGUUUUGUUUUGUACUGGUCACUUUUCCAUACGGGGGUCAUAUGGUGACACUGGAGGGGUUAACACAACUGUUAGGGUCUCAGUCAAGCAGUGACAGAAAGAAACGAAUAAUUAUCACUCAAGUCUGCCUUUCCGUGACUCACGUGCCAGCCUCAGUGAUGGUCGGAACAGAGAUCUAACAAGACAUCAACUCUGCUGAUGCGACCAGGUACAUUUCAAAUAUCUGUGAAGGCUGUUGAUGGAGAGGAUUUCGAAUGACAGCCGGGACAGUGGUCAUCACAGGCGGUAUUUUAGCUACAGUUAUCUUACUGUGCAUCAUCGCAGUACUGUGUUACUGUAGACUGCAGUAUUAUUGCUGUAAGAAGGAGGAGUUGGAGUCGGAGGAGGAGGAGCCCGACUUUGCAGUGACGUCCCGCCUCCCGCCAGUCCACUCCAACCAUAACAUCGUGGCGGCGUCGGUCGCCGCCUCCACCCCUAACGGCCCCGCCCUCUUCACACCGCCUUUAGCGCGGAAACUAACGCGCUCGCAGACAUUCUGCCCGUCGUGCACACACCAUGAUGUGCCCUUCUACCUGCAGCACCCGGACGGCCUGCGGAACGGCGGCGACCGCAUCAGCUACCGUAGUAUCCAACAGCAUGACCUGGAACUGCCCUUAGAAAUGCCCAGCUACCACAAACUGAACCUGACCCGGUCAGUCACCAUGAGGGACAUGUUCAACCGCAGCUGCAGCAUCAGCACUGACGUCUAGUGGCAUCGGCGCCACC